CGGAAGUUUUCCGUGUCAUUCCUGUGUCUCGCUUGUCGCUCCAGUGUGUUACUUGUCAUUCAGACAUCCCAGGAAUUCAACACGACUAGCAACUAGCAACCUGCUCGCCACAACCAGGACAUUGUGAGACUAAUUCGCGUGUUCUCGUCGCCGAUUAGACGUCGAGUAAAGGUUUGUGUCGUCGAAGCGGGACGAGCGUCGAGAGAAGCGGUCGUCUACAGACACGGGAGGAUGCCGAUGUGAAAUCCAACCGUGGACAGACUGAGUGACAUCCUCUUCAUCAGUUUCAUUGUCGUCGUACAUGCUUUUACAUGAAGAGAGGGGAGAAACCCGAAGGAUACAGACAGAUGAGGCCCAAAACGUUCCCCGCGAGCAACUACAGUGGCAACAGCCAGCAAAUGCUGCAGGAAAUAAGGAAUAGCCUGCGCAACUUGCCCAAACCUUCAGACCCACCUAAAAUGGACACAAGUGGAGCUGGGAAAGGGCUUUCAGAGGAUCCAAGGCAACAAUGGCGCUGCAGCAACCCUAAAAACCCACACCAUAAGGCCCUGCAGGAGAUCCGGAAAUCCCUCAUGCCUUUUGCAAAUGAGCCCAACACUUCAGGGCCUGAGCUGAACAAACACAUGUCGCUGGAAGGCCCGUGUGCUGGGUUUGAGGAGCCCAACUGCCGCAGUCUGGGGGUGCCUUUAGAGUACAUGGGUAAGGUGACGUACCAGGACUCGAUGAGGGAACAGAUGGCUGUCAACAACCCCAACACGACAGGCCUGAAAGCCCCAGGUGCUUCCCAUAUGCAACAGUCUGUGCUGAGGAGGCCGAGCUGGAAAGGCUCUAAGGAGUCGUUGGCCCCUCGACAUGGUCCUAUGAUGGUAGAUGGUAUGAUGUACCGCUCUGACAGCCCUGGACCUCCUGCUGCCUUCCCGCAGGGUCACCCUGCUAACAACCAGAGAGGCAACCCUCCACCAAAUCGCGGGGCCAUGCCUGGGACAACAUCCUGGGACAGCAACCCAUCAACCAAGCGAUACUCUGGGAACAUGGAUUACCUGGUGCCUCGGAUCUCUCCAGUGCCUCAGGGGGCCUGGCCUGAUGGAUAUCCAGCUGCAGCGGCUCAGAACCAGCGUGGGAUGAGUCCAGUGUCUGUGGGCCACCAGCCCAUCAUAAUGCAAAGUUCUGGAGGUAGUAAGUUCAACUUUCCCUCCAGCUGGUCUCAGAAUGGCUCCCCACAGCCAGACUACAUGGCUGGCAGCAGCCGACAGCCCCCUCCACCAUAUCCGGUCAACCAGAGCAGCCGGCACAGUCCUACAGACCAGCAGUUACAGACAGGCGGACCUUCAUCUUCUCCCUCUUAUGUCAAUGGUGGAAACAUCCCUCAGUCCAUGUUGGUACCCAACCGCAACAGUCACAACCUUGACUUGUGCAACUUAGGCCCUCCUCAGUCCUGGUCCCAACCCCCUCUGGUCUCUAACCAACCACAGUCGUCGUCCGGCAACAGCAGCAACCAGGAUCUGUCCCCGUCAUGGCAGCACAACAAGCCGGUCCACUCCAACUCCUUCAACAGCCACCAGCUGAACGGCAGGGCGCCUCAUCCGUCCAGCUCCCAACCCUCCGCCACCACGGUCACCGCCAUCACCCAGGCUCCCAUCCUGCAGCCAGUCAAGAGCAUCCGUGUUCACAAACCUGAGCUACACACCGCCGUUGCCCCCACACACCCGCCAUGGCUGCAGCAGGCUCCACCCCCUGCAGCUGCGCCUGCCUAUCCAGAACCUCCAGCUCCUGUCUCUCAGAUCCCUGUAGUAGCAGAAGUACCCAGCUACCAGGGUCCUCCCCCGCCUUACCCCAAACACCUCCUCCAGCAGGCGGCAGCACCCUUCCCUCCUGCGUACGAUCCAGGCGUGAAUAAACUCAGCUCAGGCAGGGACGACCCCGCGGAGGAGGAGGGCAGCAGCAGCAGCGGAGGUGGCGAUGGUUCCAGAGACAAGGCGGCAGAAAACCCUAAAAGUUCUACACCGACAGAGAAGGAGAAGAAACAGAUCACGACAUCGCCCGUUCCCGUGCGCCGUAACAAGAAAGACGAGGAGAGGAGGGGAGAGUCCGGCAGAGUGGCUCUGUACUCGCCUCAGGCCUUCAAGUUCUUCAUGGAGCAGCACGUGGAGAACAUCCUGAAGAACCAUCAGAUGCGGAUAAGGAGGAGGAAGCAGCUGGAAAGUGAGAUGCAAAGGGUGGGUUUGUCUCCAGAAGCCCAGGAGCAGAUGCGCAUGAUGCUCUGUCAGAAAGAGUCCAAUUACAUCCGGCUAAAGAGGGCAAAGAUGGACAAGUCCAUGUUCAAACGGAUCAAGACCCUGGGCAUUGGCGCUUUCGGCGAAGUGUGUUUGGCCAGAAAAGAGGACACGGGCGCGCUGUACGCCAUGAAAACGCUCCGUAAGAAGGACGUGCUGCUGAGGAACCAGGUGGCCCACGUGAAAGCGGAGAGGGACAUCCUGGCCGAAGCCGACAACGAGUGGGUGGUGCGCCUCUACUACUCCUUCCAAGACAAGGACAACCUGUACUUUGUCAUGGAGUACAUCCCGGGAGGAGACAUGAUGAGCCUCCUCAUCCGGCUCGGCAUCUUCAAAGAGGAGCUGGCUCAGUUUUACAUCGCAGAGCUCACCUGCGCCGUGGAGAGCGUCCACAGGAUGGGCUUCAUCCACCGGGACAUCAAACCUGACAACAUCCUCAUCGACAGAGACGGACACAUAAAGCUGACGGACUUUGGACUUUGUACCGGCUUCCGUUGGACACAUGACUCCAAGUAUUACCAGAGUGGAGACCAUGUGAGGCAGGACAGCAUGGACUUCAGCAAGGAGUGGGAAGACCCGGCUAACUGCCGCUGCACUGACCGCCUCAAGCCUCUGGAGAGGAGGAAGGCCCGGCAGCACCAGCGCUGUCUGGCCCACUCACUCGUGGGGACGCCCAACUACAUCGCACCUGAGGUGCUGCUCCGAACAGGUUACACUCAGCUGUGUGACUGGUGGAGCGUCGGCGUCAUCCUGUAUGAAAUGGUCGUCGGGCAGCCUCCUUUCUUGGCGACCACGCCUCUGGAGACGCAGCUGAAGGUCAUAAACUGGAAGAGCUCGCUGCACAUUCCCCCUCCGGCCAAGCUCAGCCCCGAGGCGUCGGAUCUCAUCGUCAAGCUGUGCCGUGGCCCCGAGGACCGGCUCGGCAAGAACGGCACGGACGAGAUCAAGGCCCACCCCUUCUUCAGGGCCAUCGACUUCUCCAGCGACCUGCGGCAACAGGCGGCGCCGUACGUCCCCACCAUCGCCCACUCCACGGACACGUCCAACUUCGACCCCGUGGACCCGGACAAGCUGUGGAGCAGCGAGAGCGACGGCGAGGACGACCUCAACGACACGCUCAGCUGCUGGUUCCGCAACGGCAAGCACCCGGAGCACGCCUUCUACGAGUUCACCUUCCGCCGCUUCUUCGACGACAACGGCCACCCGUACAGCUGCCCCAAGCCUAUCGAGUACGAGGAGGGCGACGAGGACGAGGCCGAGGCGGAGGGCGCGGCGCCGGAGGCGGCCGGGAGCUCCGCCUCCCAGGGCCGAGACCUGGUGUAUGUGUAGAACCUGAGCUCAUGGGGGCUGCGUGCGCGCGUGCGUGUGUGUACACAUACUGAGUGUGAGAGUGCGUGUGAGUGGAGGGGGUUACAGAACAGAACAGCAUUUAUAAAAAAACAUCAGUCUGAGUUAGGGCUGAAAACGACGGUUAUUUUUGUCGGAAAAGGUUGAAAAAAAACCUCAAAAUAAUGAAACUGAAACUGUUUGAAUGAUUUCUUUGUUUUUUUUCCAUGGAAGAAAAGUGGUCUGAACACUAAUCUGAACCAUAUGACACUACAGGUUUUGUGGAAAACGCACACAUUUUCCGUCUCGCUGGGAGUGAAAUGAGAGGAACGCGAGCGCUUUUUACGAUAAAUAUGAAGCAGGUUUUUAUCUUCGCUUAAAGACGGUAAACAAACGUGACGCUUGUGGAAAAGGUCACAGAAUGUGUCAGUCGUCACCUAAAGGUUUAAUCUGACUGCAGCUAAGGAUUAUUUACAGUGUACGACAUUUGCUUUGUUUAUGUGAAGGCACACUUUAUUGUUUUUAAAGAUGAUAUAGAAGCCACGAUGUAUCAUUUGAACAACAGUCCAACCCAAACCAGAAGUUCUUAAAAUGUUCUUUCUCCGGUGAGGAAAAAAAAAAUAGAAGCCAUUUUGUAUUUUUCCUUGGAACAAUUGUUUAAAUAUUCUUAAUUGGGUCUCAUUCACUUAUUCAUUGUCUAAAUGAUUUCAGUUAGAAAGAAAUUAAUGAACCAGCUCAGAUUACAAGAUUAAACCUGUAUUUACUAUUCCUCCUAAUCUGAAAUCUUUUGAAUUUGAAAAAAAGUGUAGCAACGUAAAUAUUGAACGGUACGACGUGUACGACUGAUUUAACGUAACAGACGAGACGGAAGUGUUUUUACUGGUGUGGCAGUCGUUUUACUCUCUCUACUCUACGUUGGGGGUUUGUGAGAAAGCGGAGCGGGAAAUCCAGUUCCAGUUGAGACUUGUGACCUCUGACUUAAAUCAUUUAAUUCUUACUGUAAUUCCCCCCCAAACAAACAAGACGUAACGUGUUCGAUCAACAGGUUAAUACCAGUAUUAGUUGGUUACUGGUAAAAAUGACUGGAUCGUACGUCAAACAAUGACAAAACACUACGUGUCAUUGAAAUGCUUCACUGUAAAUGCUGAUAAAGCAAAGACAUAACACAAACACAGCUUUUUUCCCCCUUACCGAGUGCUUUCAAUCUUCUCUUGAAUGUGUGAAAGGUUCACUGUAAAUAUGCUGAGUUUUAAAUAAUAAUAACAGUAAUAAUGAUAAAUCAGGUUAGCUCUCCUUUAAAAACCCCUUUAAUUUAUUUAAGAAAAGUGUAAGUGGUGAUGUUCUAAGUGUAGAUGCUGUUUGAGUGGGAAUUUCUUUGCUGGAUUUACUUUAAGUUUAUUAGUAAAUGAACAAAAAGUGUCUUAAUUUAUAUUGUAACGUGGGUGGGUUUAUUGUUAGUGUUGUGACAGGGAUAAAAAAUGCUCUAAUGGUUGAUUGCUGUGCCUUUUUUUUCCUUUCACCAAAUAUAGAGAAGGUUAAUAAUAAUAAUGAUAAUAAUCAGAGUGGCAUUUUUAAUGGACAGUAGCGCGAUUGAUUGAUUCCCAGUAGGUUUUUGUUUUUAUUUUUCUAAUUUAUACCUGAAUUGUAUUUAUAAAUUAAGUUGUACACAGUCGAUGUAAAUAUUUCCUGUCGAGCUGAUUUUUCCUUCUUUUUUAUUAUUAUUAUUAUUAUGUUGUGUUUCUUAGGGCAGGCCCUCGUCAGUGUCCACUGCUGCUGCUGCCUCCUGUCUUUAUGUUUAUGUCGUGUAGUUUUUUACGUCUCGUAAGUUGUUUUUUUUUUUUUUUACUUUUUAAAUCACUACAUCUGCAAAAGACGCUAAAUCGAACAAAAAAACGGCUCCAGUUUGUCGUCGUUCCUUUGUUUUUUAUUCACAUUUUAGUCUCAUUUCUCAACCAAAGCACUACAUCAGUUUUUUGGGUUUUUUAAAAUUCAUCCUUCUUUAGUUUCUGUCGUUCCUGUCUUUGUGUUAACACCACUUUUUUUCCCCACAAACUGCUCUCCCUAACAACGUCGUCAUGGUGAUGAUAAUGACAGUUAUUUCUCUUUGUGAAUGUAGUUGCUGUGGACGUUGACGGUGACCACUGGCAGCAUUCUGCACUGGUUUCUUUUGUUUGUGUGUUUUUCAUUGUUCAGUUGAGAGAGUUUUUAUUUUUGUGUACAUUGUUGUUGCUCUGGGGGAAAACGGGGACGAGGGUGAUCAAUAAAGAACGUAAAAUACAUCCACACAA